AUGGUUGUAAUUAUACCAAAAUCAGAAAAAGAAUUUACAGAUCUUUCUUAUUGGAAAAAAUUUUUUAAGCAUAAUUCUUCAUUUGAAUGGUAUGGAGAUUAUUCAAAACUUGGACAAAUUUUUGAGAAAUAUAUUAAAUCUACAGAUUUUAUUUUACAAAUUGGUUGUGGAAAUUCUUCUUUGGCUGAUGAUCUUUAUGAUAAUGGUUAUAGAAAUAUUUUGAGUAUAGAUACUGAUCAAAAUGUAAUCGAUAAACAAAAUAAAAAGAAUUUGGAAAAUAGGCCUACAUUAAAAUUCAAAAAUUGUUCUGCUUCAAAUAUUGAUUUACAAAAUUCUUCAGUAAAUGUAAUAAUUGAUAAAGGAACAUUAGAUGCUCUACUUCCCUCAAAAUAUUCUGAAAAAGAAUAUAUUUUAGUUGAUUCAAUUUUUAAUGAAAUUGAAAGAUGUUUAGCUCCAUUUGGACGUUAUUUAAUUUUAAGUUCACAAGAGCAUAUUAUUCAGAAAUUGUUAAAUUAUUUUGAUAAAAAUCAAUUUAUUAUUCGGUUUCAAAAAUGUUUUCAAUCUGGAAAAGAAUUUGUAAUGCCUGUUUUUGCUGUUAUUAUUACUAAAUUAAAAAUUCCUUUACCUCAAAAACGGAAAAUUGAAUAUUUAAAUGGACUAGAUAUACAACCAGAAUUAAUUGAAACUUCAGAAAAGUUAAUAGAGAGAAUAAAAGCAGAACAACAAUUGAGUUGGUUUAAACAUUAUAUAUCAAAAGGGCCAAUUGAAGAGGCUUCUCUUAAAAUUUAUUUUUCUAAUGGAAAAGAAAGAUAUGAACUUUAUAUAGUAGAUGAGUAUAAUAUAAAGAAAUUAACUAAAUAUGGAGUUUUUAUUGUACCGCUGGGAAGAGAAAAUGAUUGGAUUUUUGUAACGGCAAAAGGACGUCAAAAUCUUCGAAUGAAUUGUCAGUUGCAUAGAUUAAUUAUGAUAAAUUAUUUAUCGUUGGGGUCAACAGAUGUUAGCGAAACUAUUGAAACUGGAAAUUCUAAAAUAAAUGGGAAAUGGACUGUAGAACAUGUUAUUGCUAAUGAAUUGACAUAUCGACGUUUAAUUUUUUUAGAUAGUUCAAAUUUAGUUCAAUCAGAAGUUGAAGUAAAUAAAAUAAAAAAUAAAACAAAAGAAGAUGAAAAAGAAUGGAAAAUUAAUUGGUCAAAUCCUUUUAGCUGUGAACAUCACAAAAAUAUGACUUUGGCUCUUAAUUUUCUUUUUGAUAAAGAAGGAAGAAAUAUUUUAUUAGAAAAUGUCUUAAAUGAAAAGUUGAGAAUUGCGUUGCUGGGAGUGGGUGGAGGGAUUAUUUUAAAAGCUUUUCAUGAUAUUUUAAUAAAUUCAAUUUUUGUUGGUGUUGAAUUGGAUGAGGAAGUUGUAGAAAUUGCUUCCAAACAUUUUGAAUUCCCCAAAAAUUCAGAACGUAUAAAAAUUGUUAUUUGUGAUGCAAUUAAUUUUAUAAAAGAAUCUGCUGAACAAGUUGAUAAAUUCGAUAUAAUUUUUGUUGACUUGUCCGGACAAGUAAAUCCAGAAGGUUUGUAUUGCCCUCCGUCCCAAUUUGUUACAAAAGGAGCUUUGACAUUUAUGAAGAAAAUGAUUAAAAAUGGAGGAGUUUUGGCGUUAAAUUUAGUUACUAGAGAUGAACAAACUUCUGUAGAUGUAAAGAAAACAAUAAAAUCUGUUUUUAGUUCUGUCUAUUGCGUUAGAGGAGAUGAGGAUGUUAAUGAAAUUGUUUUUUGUUCACUUUCACCUAAAAAUGAAAUUGAUGAGAUGAUUAAAGAGACAAAAAGUCGACAACUUCCUACAAAUAUAUGUAACUGGUUAAAAGAAUACACAGAUAGGAUAGAAAAGAUUGUUGAAUUUACAAUUUAA